UUCGUAGCAAAUUUGACACUCUCGGCCAAGCGGGCUGGCGCUUCCGUCAAGAACGUGGGUCGGGAUUUUUCAUUGUACUAGUUGAAAGGGGUGUCAUGCUGCUACGUAAUGGACUUGAUUGAUAUAUCCUGCUGCCAAACUAUCUGGGGAUUACCAAGGUCUAUAAUAAUAAAUUUUAGAGGAAAGAGGUACUUUUUUCGUCAUUUUUCAAACAUGGCUGCAUGGAAAAAACGAAUUUUCCCAGGGUAACGGCUUACACCGCUGGGUAGCUUAGUACCUCACGUUUCUCAAAAACGAAAAAAAAUUAUAACUUGUCGUGAUAACUUUUUCUCAAUUUUCGAUGCCCCACACACACCCCCAGGGCACAUCGAACGCACCGUCCCGCUGAUCAGGCGAAAAGGCUACGUUAUCAUCCGCGCGGACUAACAUCGGGAAGUGUUCGCUGAACCACCAACAUUAUGCAGCCUAUAUAUACUACAACUAUCAGGCUUUUCAGAAAAUAUAAAGAUAUGUACACUGCUAUAACAAUAUCAGCGAAAUUACAACCAAAAGAUACCUAUCAAAGUCGUGUUUCCGGCAGUUUACUGCGCACUCUUUUGAACCCUGGUCAGAAAUAAACUCCGACCCGGAACCUUAAUUGCCACUAUUUUUAUCAAAAUCAUUAAAAAAACAAGAGGAGGCUUUAUUGAAGGGUCACACGAAGUUUCCGCCCAAGGCGCCCAUAUAGCGCGCUUUAACAGGUGUCUGAAGAUAACACUAGAAAGCGCGUAUAUCGUGGCGCCACCACGCGGCGGAGCUGAGUAUUACAUUACGUUCCAUUGUAAUAACGGGACAUAUUUAUUCUCAUUUUUAUACAGCGUCACUGACAAAAACUGACACAUGUGUGCACAUAAAUGUUCCUCCUGUAAUUCCUAUUAAUAUUACUGCCUCAAGCGGCAUGUCCAUCCUUUAAAACAUCUGAAAAGUAGCAUAGUGCGCCACAAGACCGCGUCUCACAUCACGGUUACUAUCAUGCGUUCUAAAACUUUCGCGUUGCUAAGAUCUCCUUGGAGAUAAACAAAUGUCUGAAUCGAACUAUCCGUUAACGGCUCUUUUUUUCAAAUGAGUAUUCAAAUGAGGUAAGUAUGGCUUGGCAACACACGUAUAUCCCGUUGCAGCUCGCCGAAGUAGAAGUCUGUUCCACAGGAGUAGACUUUAGCGAAGAUGGAGAACAGCCACCGCCCGACGCCGUCGACGACGAUAUGGCAGAGGAUGCUGUGUUGUUAGCCGAGCCUGUGUUGGAAACAAAUAGCAUAACAUCAAAGAAAGCGAAAGGAAGACCCAAGAAGCGCAAACCAUUAAAAUAUUUUGAACCGGGAAAUAGUAUUAGGCGCUCUAGUACUGGGCACACAGAAGACGGGAGUAAUGAUGGGGAAGUAGACACGUGUAGCUUCAAAAAAUAUAAGCGUGUCGACAGUGACAUCUGUAGUCUGGCCGGACGUCCAUCUCUGGACGAAGACGACACAUUUGGCUGGCUCAGGCCGAGAAAGCGGCCGCUUACACAGCUAGAGAGCCUGGCAGGUGCGUCGCCUGAUCAGUCUAGCACUGCAGGUGUAGCUGAGGACCGCAUAUUUCAUGUGCCGUUUCUCAUGGAGCUCAUAAAUGAGUUUUAUUCCUCACACAGUGUCGACAGCCCUGGCUGUACUCCCGUGGUCACCAUGCCUGCGGAUAUGGAGAGAAAGUACGGGUUAGGAUACUGGGAAGCCUUGCGGUGCCAGAGAUGUGGCUUCACCACUCCACAACGCAAGCUCUAUGAGGAAGGAGAGCGUGUUCCUGGGCACACCAGAGGACCUAGACCCCCAAAGAAGAACCUGCAGCUCGUACUGGGCCUGACAAAGAUCCCUGUCGGGUCGACGGCGAUCCACCAGCUGUUUACCAGCGUGGAGCUGUCAUUACCGACCAGGAGUAGCAUACACAACCUGGCUACAGGGAUGGCGGGUCCGCUCGUGUCAUUGGCACAACAGGCCCUGGCCGACAACAGGAGGCGACUGCGGGCGGUUAUGGAGAUGCGGGGAUGUCAGGUGGAGGAUGGCGAGCCAGUGGCUAUAGCCGCAGCAGCCGAUGGUUGCUUCAACAAUCCCUGUUACAAGGGCUUCCACCAGAAAUCAACGCAGGCAGCGCUUAACGUCAGGGAACAGGAAACAGAAGCCAAAAUGCUGAUUGGUUUCGGCUUUGCCAACAAGUUUGGUAAAGACGGAGAAGCGUCCGCCUAUCCUAAAUCUCAACCCAUUGGCAAUGCAGAAGAAUGGUUAGCUGGGAGAGUUACCCUAGAAAUGUAUCAAUGUAACGAAUCACCUCUUCUGCUCAAAGCUCUCGUUACAGACGGGUCUGGUCAGAUUUACAGAGGCGCAAAAUCUGCCACCCAAACCCUCCAGCCCGACUUUAACGUAGAGCACCAGGAUUGCAUGGUUCAUGCUUCGCGUCGCCAGCGGGCUAGCGUUUUCCGUGCAAAGUUAAGUUCCCAGCUUGUAACAGGGCAGGUGGGGUUUACCGGCAAGGUGUCACAGGAAGCACAAAAGGCUUUCUGUACUGUCUUGUCGAAAGCCAUCGCCUCGCGCUGUGCAGGUGAACUUAGCGGAGCACGGGGACUCCACCCCACCGACGACUCCAAAUUCCUCGAGGCAGUUUUGGACGCAAAAGAUAACAUCUUGGACUGCUUCUCCGGAAAUCACACAAAGUGCUUCGGUGUGUCUUUUGUGUGUCCCUGUUCACCUGCGGGCUCCGAUCACACGCCCUCCUACCUCCCCAGGAAAACAUAUCUUUUGUUAACCCUGGAGGACAGAGUUGAGCUUGGCGAAGUGCUCGAUUCAAAGUUGUCGGAAGACAAAGCUAUGAAACAGCGCUACCUGCGGUCCACCAACUCUGUGGAGGCAUUUCACAGAUGUAUGCACAAGUCUCUGCCAAAGUCUUUGACUUUCAAAACGCUGGCAGAGAUGCGUGCAUACAGUGCUGUGCACACUUCGGCUGUGGGCGGGCUGGGGGAGUCCCUAGCUCGACUCGGACAGCACUUUGGUGUCGCACCGCGAUCAGGUGGCGAAGCGGCCCACAGGUUGAUGCAGAUAGACCGACAGGCUGACGCCGACAAACGUCGGCAACAGUCAGAUGCCUACCGCAACAGUCGGAACAGGGCCUCGACAAAGACUGUGUCCAAACGAGUAGAAAAAAUGAUGGCCGACACAUCGCCCUCGGUUCAUCUUCCACAUGAACACCCGUACAUAAGAUCAGAAGACGUGUCACUUUCGGAAAGUAUGUCUGAUUAA